GUUAGUGCGCAUGCGCAGUGUCCGUCACUCGGCGGAACGGGCGGAAUCUACAGUGCGUGUGCGGGGAAACUGCUAUUGAGCUGUGAGCACUUUUUUAGGAUGUUUUGCUAAGCAGGGUUGUCCUUCUAUUUCUUGAAACCAAAACGCAAAAGGAGGAAUAGCUACAAUGCUGCGUGUCUGCUGGAAAGGUGCAAACACAACGGCCCGGAAAUGUCUGUGUGAAAACAUUGCCGUCCACCCUCGGCAACAUUGCCGUCGCUACACCUCAGCUGGAAGCUCUGGGUCUGCCACAGGUAAGAUUGUGGCUGCCAGUCUUCUGACGGUCUCCGGAGGUCUGGGGGGUACAAUCCUGUACGCUAAAUGGGACCCCAAAUUCAGAACAAAUAUCGAAAAGAGUGUACCCUAUUCAGACAAGCUGUUUGAGCUGAUAAUCGGCCCCUCUCCACCUCCACCUUUGCCAAAGAAAUCGGCAAAGAUUGAACCACUGCAGAUAUCGUCUGUGUCUGAAGCUUCAAAAGACUCAAAGCAGCCAAAAGCUAAAGAAAAGCAGCUCGAAACAGCGCCUGCUCCUGCUGUAGAGGAGACUCCGGCGCAGUCAUUGCAGACUCUGGGGGAGGCCUCAGCUGAGGCAGCCCAUAUCAUAUCAGCUAUCAGUGAGGUGCAGACUGUUCCUGCACCGGCCACCAGCAGUGAGCCAACCACUGUGCCCCAAGCAUCAAAUCCCUCUCCGACCGAGCCUAGGGCAGCUGAAGAAUGUCACGAGUGUGCUCACCAUGAAGCGACACUGAAAGAGCGGCCUGUGGAGGAAGUGGCUGCACGCUUGGCUCAGCAGGACCAGGCUGAACAGGAUACUCUGACUGCUUUAUCACUUGGGCUGGAGGAGGCCCUGGGAGCCUCUGCCAAGCUGACCCUACAUGCCAUCGGAGCCCAGGAGGCAGCUCUCCUCGCAAUCAACGCACACACACAGAAACUCAAAGAAGUCAUGGACACAGACGAUUCUCCCGAUAAAAAGUCGGCUCAGUGGAAAGAUUUGGAGGAUGCACUCAGUCAGCGCACACACGCUGUGGACCAGGCCGAAGAGGCCCUUCUCGGAGCCAAAGAACAGCUUGAGAAGCUCCGAGCCGUAAUCAACAGCACUAAGGAAACAAAGAUUGAUGCUGCCAGACCCCAAAUUCUGGCUGCAGAGCAAAAUCUGCACAGUAUGAUUGUGGAUCUGGACAAAGUUGUAACCAAAGUGCAGUCAGCUCAGUCUGAGGCAAAGAUUGUGUCUCAGUACAGUGAGCUGGUGAAGGAGGCCAAGGCUCAAUUCCAGAAAGAGCUCGGCAACAUCACGCCCGAAGUCCAGUCGAACUGGAAAGGACUCACAGGGAAGCUGAGUGCUGAUGAUCUGAACGCGUUGAUUGCCCACGCUCACCGGCGCAUCGACCAGCUAAACCGCGAACUGGCUGAGCAGCGGGUGCGUGAGCAGAUCCGCAUUGAAACGGCUCUGGAGCAGCAGAAGCAGGAGCACCAGAAAUCUGUGUCGCAGGCUGUGGCCACUGCACUGGAACACCACAAUGAGGAGAUAAGACUCGAGCAGGAGAAGAAAGUGCAUGAAGUCCGGGAGGUGAUGGAGGCAGAAAUGAGAACUCAGCUGCGCAGACAGGCAGCUGCACACACGGACCACCUACGCGAUGUACUGAAAGUACAAGAACAUGAGCUGCGGGAGGAGGCCCAGGAGACUCUGAGCAGUAAGCUGAUGGAGCAGGAGAUGAGCUACCGCCGUUUGACCCAGGAGCAGCUGGACUCCUUCACUUUGGACAUGAACUCUGCCUAUGCCAGGCUCAAGGGCAUAGAGGAAGCCAUUGACAGUCAUGUAGUUGCUGAGGAGGAAGCUCGUAAGGCUCACCAGCUGUGGUUAUCUGUAGAGGCUCUAAAUUACGCAUUGCAGCCUGCAGUGGUGGAUGCACCCUCUGAGCCUUUAGAGGGCGCUGUGCUCACCAUUAAAGAAAGUUGCGCACAGGACGAGUUCGCCCAGGCGUUGACAUCAGCCCUGCCCGAGGAGUCCAUAAAGCGUGGAGUCUACAGUGAGGCCUCACUGCGUGCUCGCUUCUAUGAAGUCCGUCGGCUAGUUCGUCGCGUGGCACUUAUUGACGAGACGCACAACAGUCUGUACCAGUACUUCCUGUCCUACUUGCAAUCCAUCCUGCUUUUUGAGAAGGAACAAGAGGUGCCUCCAAGCAAGCUGGCUCCAGAAAAUCUCGACCCUUUCAAGCUGCUCGCUUAUGCCACCUACAGCAUGGAACGUGGUGACCUUGAGCUGGCCGCUAAGUUUGUCAACCAGCUGCGCGGGGAGGCACGACGUGUGGCUCAGGACUGGCUCACAGAAGCCCGGCUCACUCUGGAGACCAAACAGGUGGUCAGUUUGCUGUCAGCUUAUGCCAAUGCAGUAGGGUUAGGUACCACACAGGCUCCUUAAAUCACACAUUGGGGGGAAAAGUUGAAUUAACUAAUGAGGACUGGUGCCCAUCUGCUGCUAACAGCAACCCAUCCUCCUCAGAUUAAUUUAUACACCAGGGUUUUUUUGUUUGUUUUUUGUUUUUUUUUAAUUAAGCACUUUUGCAAGAAGGCUUUGUCCAGAAAUAAUGGCCUGUCACUCAACAUCUGUAAUCAUAAUCUCUCUAGGUAAAGAUCUCUUGAGGAUGCUGUCUUUCACUGUUUAAAUUUUGAGUGUGUAUAGCAGACAGAUGGGCCUUCGGGUCAGUACCACAGUCAGAACCUUGUUUGUUCACCAGUUGGCGAUUUGAAGCUUCAGGUUCAGUAUCCUUAUUGGUUAUUAUUCAGGCUUUUAAAAAUGGUCAAAUCCAUUUUUGUCAUGCUAUGGCUAUGAUUCUGUCCAACAGUACUGACAGUUAAUAAAUCAAGGAUGUUGA